AUGGUCAUUACUACGGAGACGGCGCGCAAGGUCUCGCUCGGCUUGUUCGUUUCCAGUGCUGUACUACUUGCAUGCUUGUACCGGACCACCUUUGCCUUUGAUCGUCCCGUGCAUUCGGCGAUAUUGGCUUGCACCCUUACGGCCUUGACGCUUUUCCUAUGCGACCGAUACAGUACACGAUUCGUCCAGACGAAUUCCUCUUCACAGCACAAAUAUGUCGCAAUCCCGCUGACCGAAAUCACGGAUCAGCUUCCAUCCGGCCCAUCCGACUUGGAGCAAGUCGAAUACACGACUACGUUCAAUAUCGCAGGACUGCGCAUUGCCAAGGCAUGGAUACUACUGGCCGCGCUCGUCGCCAUUUUCUGCUUCAGAGUCGAAGUGUUCCGUCAGAUCACGAUCUACAAUGAAUGCUCGAAUGCUGGAUAUGCGAGCGUGAUUCCUUUCCUUGUUGCGCUGUACGACUACUGGCGCUUUCAGAGACAUCGAUCCGUGGAGGAAGAUGUAGCUCCGGAUCGAACAAUCUAUGGCGCGGCGAUGUUUCAGGUUCCUCGGAGCAGGCUGCGUUAUGUUUUGGCCACAGCGGCGCUCACGCUGGGAGGUUUUCUGGUCGCAUCGUUCCAUGAGGGCCGCAAUUCAACUUAUAUAUGCUCCCUUGUCCUAAACCGCGCCCCACGAAUCCACGCAUUCAGAGCCCUCGCUGUGGUUCUCGAUACCAUUCUGCUGAUCGGCGCUGGCGAGCUGGCUCGGAAGGAGCUCCGGUUUUUGGGUGGGAGAAGGAGGCAUACGUCGGCUUUAUGGGGUUAUGGAUUGCUCGCGGUUGCACUAUUCUGGGUGACCGUAGGCAUCGUCGUGUACGCCGUGGCUCCAGAACAUCGCCAAUAUAUUGUUUCGCUCAAUGGCCGUUACCUUCGCGGCGCGAUUACGCACGCGAUUCUACUCGCAACACUAUUCGCAUCAGCAGCGCAUUUGGCACCCAAAUAUGGAUCCCUGAGUUUGACAACGUUGGUGGCCUUUAUUGUCAUCUUCAUAUCUCUGGUCUCGACGCUAUGGAAUUCCACCCAGCCUUUCCCAUUGAUCUCUUUAUUUCCCGCCCUUAUAGCCUCUGUGACGGUCUUCGUCGGCAGUGGUCUCUUCCUGCAGGCAGUUGCAGUCUCCGAGAAUCAGUCCGAGUCCAGUCCAAAGCCCAGCACCUGGCCGCGGAAGAUUCUUGCCGUCCUUGCGGUAUUUGCCCUAUAUUUGAUGUUCUCCCAACGUAACAGAGCCAUGCUGCAUCCAAUCGAUCUACUCAUCUUCGAUGGCCGAAACCACCAUGAGAAGUUUCUUUCUCAGGCUAGGGUCAGCAAUAACCUCCAGGAGGCCGUUAUUGAAUAUCGCCAUCGCUACAAACAGCACCCACCCCCAGGAUUUGACAGAUGGUACCAUUAUGCCACGAGCAGGUCCUCCCUUGUGAUUGAGGAUUUCGAUCAGAUCCACCAAGAUCUGCUGCCUUUUCGGGCCUUGUCACCUCAGCGAUUGAGGGAACUGACACAUCAAGUGGCGACCAACCCGUUCAACGAUGUCGGUGCGAUCAUCAUCAGGAAUGGUACGGCCAGAGUUCAGGAGGGCAUCAAGCUGACGCAUGCCUGGAUGGUGGAGGGUGCCGCAAAAAUAAUCGAGCCGUUCAGCGAAUAUCUCCCCGACAUGGAUCUCGUUUUCAAUCUGAAUGACGAGCCACGAAUCGCCGUUCCGUAUGAUACGAUCACGAGAAUGCGAGAUGCCGGCCGAUCAGUCGAGGCACCGCCGGAAGAUCAAGUCUUGAAUGGGUGGUCGAUGGAUCGGAGCGACGGCUGGGCGCCGGUGGAACCAGCAGACCAGACUCAAGAGACGCCUUUUGUGGACCGUUCCUGGUCCGACGAUGUCUUUGACGACCCUGUGAGUCUGGUGUGUCCGUCUUCUUCCAAGGCUCGUCGGGACCGCGUCUGGGACCGGCGCAAUAUAUGCCUCAGCUGCAUCCGGCCACACUCGCUCGGCCAGUUUGUGUCCGACUGGGAUCGUGCGGCCGAUAUCUGUCAUCAGCCAGAUCUCGCAUAUCUUCACGGUUUCUUCCUCUCCGCUGCUUCUCUCAAAGUAAGCCAGGAGCUGCUCCCGGUGUUCAGCCAAAGCUCAGUGCGCGGCUUCAACGACAUCCUGUUCCCAAGUCCAUGGAAUUACGUUGAUAAGGUGAAGUAUCAGCCCUCCGAGGACCACCCUGAUGUUCCCUAUCUAGACAAGGAAAACACGCUGUUCUGGAUAGGUGCUACUUCCGAGGGCGUGGGUCUCGGCGGGCGUUGGCAGGGCAUGGCGCGUCAAAGGUUCACUCAUCUGAUCAACAACAAUACGUUGAACAAAGUCUCGGUCAUGUUGCCAGCGGCAAAGCAAGGAACUUACAACUACAAGAUCCUCGACGGUCGGGCUCCUCAGGAGAAGCUUGGUCUGAACGCCUCCGUGCACAUAGCAGAGCGUAUCGUCCGCUGCGGAGACUGCGACACCCAAGCGGAGGAAUUCCACACGGUGGACAAGGUCGAUUUCCAGGAACACUGGCGGUAUCGGUAUCUCUUCGACUUGGACGGUGCUGCUUUCAGUGGACGGUUCUUGCCUUUCCUGCAAAGCAACAGUCUCCCGUUCAAGACUGCUCUCUUCCGGCAGUGGUUCGAUUCGCGAAUUAGCGCGUGGCGGCAUUUCGUCCCGCAAGACCUUCGUUUGCAUGAUGUCUGGAGUACGCUCGCCUAUUUCGCCGGUGUGCGAAACGGAGAAGAUGUGGUGAUGCCCCCGCAUGACCGGGAAGCUCUCUGGAUUGCGGAAGAAGGACGAAAAUGGGCUGCGCAAGCAAUUCGCAAAGAAGAUAUGGAGAUCUAUUUCUUCCGGCUUCUCCUCGAAUGGGGCCGAUUAACUGAUGACCGUCGAGACGAACUAGGAUUUAAGCUAUGA